AUGGCUUCUACUACCUCCCCAGUGUGGACAAAGGCACUGGUCCUGUGCAGAUAUGGAGGCGUAUCCCUCCGACCCAAUUCUACCCUCGGCCUGAGUGAUAGCCGUUCUGGCCGGGGGCAGGGGGUUCACAAUCAUGGUCUUCAAUUCUUGACCUUUCCGCCGUUGUUGUUCAUGGUUCUUCUGCCCUUGACAUUGCUGGAGACAGCGGUUGCCCAAGUGAUUGAAACAGAAGCUGGCACCCGACGCCUAGGCGAGUGCGGGACAUGUUUGGCACUUGUUGGUGAUGAUGAUUGGCGCGCGCUGGAUGGGGUUGUUGCUUUGGUCCGGAUGGGGAGCGAUGGCUUCGUUGUGGUGGGUAUGAGUGGCUUCAUCCUGGUGGGAGGCGAUGAUGUUGUUGUCAUUACCCUCGAGGCUCAUGCUACCGGUGGUAUUGGUUGCGGUGUCGUUGGAAAGCCAGACUUUGUCGUAAUUUUGCUCCCAAACUUCAACGUUGCCAUCUUUGUCCCAGAUAUCAGGCCAUCAGGGUAG